AUGAAUCUUCUCUCGGCGGCAAAAGAGGAUCUGGACAGUCAAAGUGGCCGCAUUGGUCCAAACUUGAAGUUCCUCCAGAAGCUCGGCAAGACCUACCUGAAUAAAGGACAAGUUGAUGAUCGUCAGUUCUUGUAUGAAGAUGUCAUUCGCCUUGCUGUUUCACUACCCAACAAUUCUGGCGUUCGCCAGGAUCUAUCUUCACAGUUCAUCAAGACACUAUGGGGCAAGCUCGAGCAUCCACCCCUCUCGUACUUGGGGGACGAGUUCAAGUACAGGAUGGCUGAUGGCUCGUGCAACAAUAUCAAAUAUCCCCAGCUUGGUGCAGCUGGGAGUCACUAUGCACGAAGCGUCAAUUCACAACACACCCACACCAGCACACUUCCCGACCCUGGCUUGAUCUUUGAUACUAUCAUGGCUCGCCGGGGACCAGCUCGUCCCCAUCCCAACGGAGUUUCAUCGUCCCUGUUUCACUUUGGAACAAUCAUCAUUCACGAUAUCUUCCGCACCGAUGAACAUGACAGUACGAGAGCGAAGUCAUCCUCCUACUUGGACCUGGGACCUCUGUAUGGCCACAAUCAAGGGGAGCAAGACAAAGUCCGAACGUUCAGGGAUGGUAUGUUGAAAAAGGAUACUUUUUCUGAGAUGCGUAUCAUCGCACAGCCUCCAGGAGUAGGCGCGUUGUUGGUCGCCUUCAACCGCUUCCACAACUGGAUCGCUGGUGAACUUGCUACAAUCAACGAGAAAGGCAAAUUCAGUCCGCCCCCUCGUCUCCCGGGUGGUGGCGAGGAUAUAGCUGCCAUUAUGAAACGAGAUAAUGACCUUUUUCAGACGGCUCGACUAAUCACGUGCGGACUCUACGUCAACGUAAUUCUCAAUGAUUACCUGCGGGCCAUUCUAAACUUGAAUACCAACCCGUUCCCCUCGGACUGGAGGCUGGAUCCCCGUGAUACCACGACCAGCGUCUUUGACCCCGAAGGCACCCCUCAUGGUAUCGGUAACCAGGUCUCUGCCGAGUUCAACUUUGUCUACCGAUGGCAUGCGACAGUGUCCAACUCCGAUGAGGCCUGGUUGAAUGAUAUAAACCGCCAGAUCUUCGAAGGUGUCUCCCACCCAGAAUCGCUUGACACGAAGGCCUAUUUUGUCCUACUGAGAAAGUGGUUUACCGAGAAAGUGCCACCCGAACCGGAAAACAGGACAUUUGGAGGACUGAAGCGAGGAAAGAACGGUAGCUUUAAUGAUGCGGACCUGGUCAAAAUCAUCACACAGGCUACUGAUACAGUGGGCGGCUCCUUUGGUGCCAGGAAUACCCCCAAGGCUCUCAAGGCUAUUGAGGUUCUGGGUAUUCAACAGGGCAGAGACUGGGGCAUGGCAACACUGAAUGAAUUCCGCCAGUUCUUCAAUCUCAAGCAAUUUACUUCCUUCGAGGAGGUGAAUUCCAAGGACCCUGGCGUUGCUGACGCUCUCAGGGCACUUUAUGGUCACCCGGAUAACAUUGAGUUGUACCCGGGCUUGAUGGCAGAGGAGGCUAAACCGGUAGUCUCUCCUGGUUCUGGACUUUGCCCUGGCUACACCAUCUCGGAAGCUAUUCUCUCGGAUGCACUAACCCUGGUUAGAGGAGAUCGCUUCUAUGCGCAUGAGUAUGGCCCUCAGAGUCUAACAUCUUUCGGCUUCAAGGCCGCGAGCUCCGACUUUGAUGUCGCCAGUGGUGGAGUAAUGCACAAACUCCUCAUGAGGGCCUUCCCUGGCUGGCAUCGCAACAAUAGCGUGUACGCUCUGUACCCAUUCAGCAUUCCCUCCAAGACGAAAGAGAUCUUUAGUUCGGGAGGUGCGAAGCCGCCUCAGCCAAUCAGCUAUGAUCCUCUUAGUCUUGUUGGACCGCCUAUCCCCGUCACAUCAUGGCAGGGUUCUAUCCAAGUGCUUCACGACCAGGAAAAGUUCAAGGUACCAUGGGGCCUUCAUAUUUCCCAGCUUACUGGACACGACUUCAUGCUAGGCGGCGACAAGCCUUCCAACACAGCUCAGAGGGAGUUUUUCAAAGAGAGGAUGUUCCGGCCCGAGGAUACCUUGGCAGAGGUCCGCGACUUUUACGAAAAGACCACUGCCAAACUCAUUAGAAAGAAUGGUCUCAAACUCGGCGGCUCCUCCCAGAUUGAUAUCGUGCAAGAUAUCGGCAUCCAGGCUCACGCCGAGUUCGCCGGCCGCUUCUUCGGCAUUCCCAUGAGGCCUGAAGGCUCCGAGCCUACCGUUCACCCAUCGCUUCCGCAUGCAUACACGCCAAGCGAGCUCUACGAGGUCCUGGCCAAGCUUUUCCAGUAUGUCUUCCUAGACCUCGACAGCGCCAAGUCUUACAAGAACUUGGUCGUUGCUGGACGAGAAACCGUUCAGCUCGGAGAGACUGUCAGGAGGGUCGUCCAGGGUAUCAAGGGUGGCGAGGGUCUUCUUGUGCAACUCUUUGGCAUGGUUCUCGGCAAGAACGGUUCUGGCGACGUGCACAGUCUGGAACAUUUUGGCCGCGAUCUCAUCAGGCGACUCAUGGAGCAGGGCCACGGAAGAGACAUUAACGAGGUCGUUUGGGCCUUGGUCCCGACAGUCGCUGCGGCUUGCGUGCCACAAGUUCAAGGUUGGGCUCAACUGAUCGACGUCUAUCUUUCGGACGACUACAAGAAGCACUGGAAGGAUAUUGUCCGCUUGUCUCAAUCCGAUGAUCCCAAAGCCUUUGAGCAACUGAAGCAGUAUGCACUAGAAGGUUUCCGGCUGUUUCCUCCCGCUUCGGGUGUCAUCCGCGUGGUCGCAUCCCAAGCGCCCGUGACCGUAGCAUCAGCACCCAAGCCUCUAUCCCCUGGCUCCGGUGUUUUUGUGGACUUUAUGACGGCCGGCCGCGAUCCGUCCAAGUUCCCCAACCCCGACUCUAUUAAGCUGGACCGACCAUACAACGCAUACCUUCACCAGGGCUUUGGCCCACACUCGUGUCUGGGCAGGCCCAUUGUUGAGGUAGCCGCUGCGGCCAUGCUACGUCAGUUUGCCCGCAACUGUCCCAAUGUGAAAGAGUCGCCUGGUGAUGCGGGUAAGAUGAAGACCAAGCUGUUCAACGGAGCCUUCCCCGUCUUCUUGUCCCAGAAUGGGGAUGACUGGGAGGCGUUCCCUGUCGCUAAAAAGGUGAUUUAUGACGGGUUUGCUGGAAUGCCGACAGGUGGUGCUGGCCCAAGGAAGAAUGGAUUUGCGAAUGGGUACAAUUAG